AUGGCAUCGGUGCUGAAGUUCUUUCCCAACACCAGUGAGCCUUUUGGACCAUUGCUGAAUAUUAUGUCGAGAUUCGAAAUUGCACUCAGCAAGCCAUUUCUUGUAGACAGGUCCAUUCAUUAUAGUCUAAGCAUGCUAGCCUAUGCGCCUGACCUUAAAAUCACGCGUAAAAGGCUUCAGGACACUUUAAAGGAUAUCGUUGUAAUCGACAAGAAGGAAAAGAUAUCUACCCAUGAACAUAUCUUUUCUGUUGGGAACUUCCCUUGGUCCAAGGACGUCAAGAUACUUUUGAAAAGUCCCAUUCCACCCGAAGAAGGAGAAAGUUGGUUGAAUCACGCAAAACAACAAUGUCAUAAGAGAUUGAAACCCGUGACGGCGACGGGAUUAAUUUUGAUGAUAUCGAAGCGCAAAUAUGAAUACAAGGGUCAGGGCGCCUACAGUGCAAUUUGGCGGAAUGUCACUAUCAAGGAAACGCUUGAGUCAGAGAUCAUUUAUGAAGAAUUUCCAUUCCAAGGCAAGGGACCAAUUAUUGCUUUUGAUCCUAACAGACGCUAG